AUGGUAACCGGAUCAAACUUGGAUUUACAGCACGAGGAACAUGCAAAACUUGGAUCCAACAUUUGGUUUGAACUUAACUACCCUGACGCUAGAGCAACCACCCCCAGUAACUCGCUAGGAACUAUCACACCUUCUUGGAAGGCACCAGCUGAUGACAUUGUCAAGUGUAACAUAGCUGCCUCAUGGUCUGAUACGUCCCGUAUGAGUGGAGCUUCUUGGAUUGUAAGGAAUAGCCGAGGAAAGGUCCUAAUGCAUGGCAGGAGAUCCUUUUCAUCUGUGCAGUCUACAGAACUUGCGGAACUCCUAGCUAUCUUUUGGGCCAUCGAGAGCAUGAAUUCCAUGCGUAAGGAUAAGAUCAUCUUUGAAUCUUCAUGUGAGCGCGCAAGGGCUUGCUUCCUAUCUCCAAGCUCAUGCAGUGAAACCAGGGAAAUUGUUGGAAACAUCUGUGAUUUGGUACAACGGUUUCAACACUGGUCUUUGGACCAUGUCCUAGAGACAAGAAAUGUGUUAGCACAGAGAAUUGCCACUAGCGUAACCGUUGACCAUAGAUAUCAAUCCUACAUUGCUUUAGGAGGACCUAACUGGUUGAAGGAACUCAUUGCGUAUGAAGCAAGGAACGAUGCUCCGCUUUCGUAA